AGCUGCUGCUGCUGGUGCUGCCUCUCCUGUCCAGCCUGGUGCACACAGCCCCCUGGCCCAGCUUUGCAGCAAGUGGGCAUCAUAGGAGGACGAGAGGCCUCUGAGAAUAAGUGGCCCUGGCAGGUGAGCCUGCGAUUCAAUUUCAAUUUCUGGAUACAUUUAUGUGGAGGCUCCCUCAUCCAUCCCCAGUGGGUGCUCACUGCGGCACACUGUGUGGGACUGAACAUCCUAAGUCCAGAGCUCCUCCGGGUGCAACUUCAUGAGCAGCAUCUGUACUAUGGGGACCAUCUGCUGCCUGUGAGCUGGAUCAUUGCACACCCCAACUACUUCACAGUGGAGGGUGGGGCGGACAUUGUCCUGCUGGAGCUUCAGGACCCUGUGAAUGUCUCCAACCAUUUCUACGUCUUCCUGCCCUCUGCCUCAGAGAUCUUCCCCUCAGGGACGUUGUGCUGGGUGACGUGCUGGGUGACAGGCUGGGGUGACAUUGAUAAUGGCGAGCCUCUCCCAUAUCCCCUGAAGCAAGUGAAGGUCCCCAUUGUGGAAAACGGUCUCUGUGACUUGAAGUAUCACUCUGGCCUCUACAUGGGGGACAACGUUCACAUUGUCCAUCAUGACAUGCUGUGUGCUGGAAAUAGCAGGAGCGAUUCCUGCCAGGGUGAUUCCGGGGGGCCGCUGGUCUGCAAGGUGAAGGGCACCUGGCUGCAAGCAGGUGUGGUCAGCUGGGGCGAGGGCUGUACACAGCCCAACAAACCUGGCAUCUAUACCUGAGUCACCUAUUACUUGGACUGGAUCCACUGGUAUGUCCCCAAGGACUCCUGAGCUGCCUUAAGGGACAAGGGAGAACUAGCCCCCUGUAGUUCCUAAUGUGCUGCUUUCUGCUUAGGUGGCACCCCUGCCUUCCUUGUCCCCCUGGCUCUCCAUCUGAGCCCCACUCUAAGUCCCCACUCUGUUCCACCUGAGCCCCUGGCCAUGCCUGUCCCUUUACCUUCUGCCUAAAGUAGCUUCACUGGGUGCUCACUCUCUGCUGUGGCUCAUUAAAGUGCAUGAAAAGCA